UAGGCCACUCCAUUGUGUUACAUAAAUAGGUGUUUUUAAGGGGUCUAGAAGUCACUCAGAAGAGUGUUUUUCUUUGUUUUAUAGUUAAUUUGCUGUCUAAUGACUCAAGCGCGCCACCCCGUGUGUACUUGAUCCAAGCAACGCUGAGCUUCGGAUUACGUUACCAAAUGUAUCCGAACAAAUCAGCAGGAGCCAUUUUAUUCCCGUCAUGAAACUUCGAUCUCCACAAAAACACCGAAGAUAUUAAACUCGACAUCAAUUACAGUUUAUCGGUGAACGGAGAGACAAAGUUUUUCAUACGGCCAGGCGAGAGAAUUGGGUCUGUCUCCAUGUGUUGUGCAGCAGGGCUCCAACAGAAGGUCUCUGGAACUCCUCUUCUUCCACAGAAGAGUUCACUGUGACAUCAGCCCAUGCUGGUUGCCACGGAGACCCUUGACAGUCCCUCGGUGGAGAUGGAACCCCAGGGGCUGCUGGGUACAGAGGGGGAUGGUGGUCUGCUGGGUCUACUGGUGCCCAGUCCCCAGAGUGAGGCGGUUACCCAUGAGCUGGAAGAGCUGUCCUUACAGCCCAGCAACAACCUUCCUCCACUGAAUGAGCGCAAGAACGUCCUACAGCUAAGGCUACAGCAGAGACGCACUCGCGAGCAGCUGGUUGACCAAGGCAUUAUGCCACCUCUCAAGAGUCCAGCGGCAUUCCACGAGCAGAUCCGCAGCCUGGAGAGAGCCAGGACAGAGAAUUUUUUGAAACACAAGAUCCGCAGCCGACCAGAGAGAUCUGAACUGGUCAGAAUGCACAUCCUCAAGGAGACUGGGGCGGAACCCUCUCUACAGGCCACCCAGAUGAGGCUGAAGAGGGCCAGGCUGGCUGACGACCUGAAAGAGAAGCUGGCCCAGCGCCCUGGACCCAUGGAGCUGGUGGAGAAGAACAUUCUGCCUGUAGAACCCAGUGUCAAGGAGGCCAUCAUCGUAAACUACCCCAAAUCAAUGGACUAUGGGUGUGAGGAGGACAGUGGGGAUGCCCUGUCUCCAGAGCAGCCGGCCAGCCACGAGUCCCAGGCCUCUGAUCCCUCUCCGUCUUCUGGCGAAACACGGCCCCCGGAGCCCCCCUGCCCACCACCACUGCCCACCAUAACCAACCACCAAACUGUCCUACAGCCCUUCCCUGUUGUCUCCCAGGCAACGGCAGACUUUCUCAAAACAUUUUCCACCAAUGACCUGCCAGUCAGUCGCUCCAUGCCCACACCACAGCCAAUAACCACUGUCGCUCCUUCAAAGCCUGGGCCCACCCUAGUGAAACAGAGCCAGCCCAAGCAGCCGGGGGAGAAGAGUCGCGGUAAGAAGGGCAAGGAGCCUAAGCCCCGGGUCAAGAAGUUAAAAUACCACCAGUACGUCCCCCCCGACCAGAAACAGGAGGCUGCUGAGGUGCCCAUGGACUCCUCCUACGCCCGAUUACUCCACCAGCAGCAGCUCUUCCUCCAGCUCCAGAUCCUCAGCCAACAGCAGCAGCACUACAACUACCACACCAUCCUCCCUGCUCCUUUAAAGCCUGUGGCAGAUGGGCAGAGCAGUGGUGUGAGCAGCCUGCCCGCCUCUAUAGUGCUAGCCCUGCCGCCCCCGCCCCCUGUCCCUCCUUCCACCCCUGUUCGCCCCAACAGCAGCCUGUCCAACCGCAAGCCGGGCCACCUGCCCCCGAACCUGGAGGACAUGAAGGUGGCUGAGCUGAAACUGGAGCUGAAGUUGCGAAGCCUCCCCGUUUCAGGAACCAAGACCGAUCUAAUUGAGAGGCUGAAGCCCUACCAGGAAAGCCCCAGCUCCCCUGCCCCUACCCAAGCUUUGACACCCGACCCAAACACCCUCCCCACCUCUGUCCCGAUGGAGGUCAUCUCAUCCCCUGCUAUUCUCCUCCCAGCCCACCAGAUGACACCAGAGAGGGUUGGUUCAUCGCCCCCAGUGUCCCCCAUUCCCACAGAUGUCUCCACCUUCAGAGAUGAGGGUGGGGUGUCUGGGGUGUCAGAGCUCUUUUGUGACCCCCAGAGGGUGAGCCCUGGGCAGGCACGUGGGGAAACGGGCAUGGGGGUUGUCCUUGGUCAUGUCCCGGAAGAAAAGGACCGGCGGCUCCAUGAGAAGGAGCGUCAGAUCGAAGAGUUGAUGAGGAAGCUGGAACAGGAGCAGCGACUGGUGGAGGAGCUGAAGAUGCAGCUGGAAGUGGAGAAGUCCCAGCCUCUCCAGGGACCCUUCUCAGACCCUGUCCCCAUGACCCCGACCUCCAACACAGUGAAAAUGGAAGGCCGGGUCCUCGCUAACUGCUCCGCCAGCUCUACCCAGGUCCAUCAUAGUCACUCUCAGCCCAACAUGAUUAAGCUAGAGGACAUGAUUUGCAACUCCCCAUCCAACCCCCAACUUCAGCCCCAGGCCUCCAGCUUGACCCAACAUCAACCCCAGCUUCAGACCCAGGCUUCCAGCUUCAACCAACAUCAGCCCCAGCUUCAGCCCCAGGCCUCCAGCUUGACCCAACAUCAGCCCCAGCUUCAGCCCCAGGCCUCCAGCUUGACCCAACAUCAACCCCAGCUUCAGACCCAGGGCUCUAGCUUGACCCAACAUCAACCCCAGCUUCAGACCCAGGCUUCCAGCUUCAACCAACAUCAAUCCCAGCUUCAGACCCAGGGCUCUAGCUUGACCCAGUUCUUUAUCAGUCACCAUGGAACAGUGUCCCAGGUGAUUGGCCAGCCUGGAACCCAGACUCUGCUCACUGCCCGGGACGGUUCCACCCAGAUCCUCCUGCCAGUCCUUCAGGCUACGGUAUCAAAUCAAGCCCCUUGUCUGACCUCUGUUCCCCAGCUGUCCCAGCUUCAAACCACCAAGAUGGAGACUCAGCAGGUCUCAACUCAGCAGGCCAAUCAUAAUGUUAACCAAAUUCUCCAGACUGGGACAGUGUGUAAUGUCCUCGGUUCUGGAAUGGUGGAUAAACAGACAAGACCUAAUAUGUCAUCCCAGUGUUUCCUGAGCAACUCCCCAGAUAACAGACUCUCUCCCCGGGGGUCUUCACCUAACCACUCCCUCUCCAAUGGCCCUGUCAACAAGUCCCCAUCUCCGUCUUCGUCUCAGUCCACCUUCAUCCUCCACCCCUCAUCCCAGGUUAAUCAGCCCCCGAAGACUAGGGAACCCCCCCGCUAUGAGGAUGCUGUCAAACAGACCCGCAACCUGCUUCAGGCCAACAAUCCUUCACAGGUUUCCACAGCAACCAGCCAGCAGAUGGACGACCUGUUUGACAUUUUAAUUCAGAGUGGAGAGAUCACCCCAUUCAUCCAGCAACAGGAACUGCCUUCACUCAGUAACAAGACUGUCCCUGUCACCGCCAGCGUCACGACCGCGCCCAUCAACAGCGCCCUGUCCAGACCCAGUCCCCAGAUCCACGUGGCUCCCCCUCUUGACCCCCUGCCGAGUCUGGCCACUGACAACCAGCUGGAGGCCUUCCUGGAGGGGACCCUGAACGAUCCGUCUCCAGCCAUGGACCCCCGCACCCUGGGUCUGAUUGAGGAGCUGCAGUGCCAGCUUCUAGAUCAACCAUAUUCCCCCAUGGACACCUCAGAACUGUCCUUCUGUGACUCCACGUCACCCCCCUCCUCCCUUAACAUGGGCCUUUCUGACACAGCCCUAGACAACAUGGAGUGGCUGGACCUAACCAUGCCGCCUGGCACGUCGGGGGGGGUCACAUCGCUGGGGAUCCCUUCAGACUUCCUGGAUACACAUGAUCUGCAGCUGCACUGGGACUAAGGAAGAAGGACUUGGAGAGGAAGGACAGGGAGGGAGAGGAUACAUACAUGGACUUGGUCGGUAGGUUAGCAUUCUGGUGCAUUUGAAAGCUUUUCAAGGGACACACAUUUUUUUUUUCUGUGAUAUCAUGGUACUGGCCAGUAACUGCUGGGUUCGGCAUGUUCAGAGCGACAUGAACAUCAGGCCAAUGACUGCUACUCCAACCAGAACAGGGUCGGAUGUUCACUCAGCCGUGCUGCAGUUUUAUUGGCUUGCACAAAGCUUUCCCUGUACAGCAGGUCCUGGGUGUCAGCUACUGCUGUGCCGUUUCUCUGUGGAAGCAUGCUUCUGUGCCAUAGAGUAAGGAACUAUAGGAACAUGGUGUGGUUUGUUUAUCGCAACUUGACACAAGCUGAGACAGAGCAGGUAACUGGCAAAACAAGGCUGUCUUUUACAUUUGUCUUUUACUGCAACCUACCUAUAUUUGGUUUUCUGACCAUUCUUGUAUUUGGAUGAGACUUUUUUUUUUUU